AAGCCCAUUCGUGCCAUGUUCCCUGCCGUAAAGGCCCAAAACCCCACCGCCCGCCUCCCGCGACGGCAUCCACACGCCGGCGAGGCGGUGACGCCAGCUCCCAGCUCCCCAGUCCCAGGCGACCUCUCCCUCUCGCUCGCGCGGCUUGCCAUGGUUCUCCUCGCUCACCCCGCGCGCCACCACAGCCUCGGUACCUCACCUCCGGGGCGCGCUCCAGUCCCCGCUGGAGCUCGAGCUCGCCUACCCAGACGCGCCCGCGCCCGGACGCUCGCUCGAGCGCGCCCUCCCAGCGCGGGGGCGGCGGAGACCGAGACCGCCUCUACGAGCGGCGGAGGCGGAAGCGUCCUGUCAUUCCUGUGCCCACUCCUCAAGUUGCUCGGGGGAGGCGAUCCUUCGCAGGAGCGGAACGACGUCGUCGAGGUCGCGACUUCUUCAAUUUCAAGUUUAGCUAGACUGCCAUGGGGAUCAAAAGUGGCUAGUAGCAGUGGAGAGAGCAUUGAUUCAGCAACAAGCGCUCCAACUCUGCAAUUGUACGAGUUUGAGGCAUGCCCCUUCUGUAGGAGAGUCCGGGAGGCCAUGACUGAGCUUGAUCUUUCCGCGGAGGUUUAUCCAUGUCCAAAAGGAUCACUAAGGCACAGGGAGGUGGUCAAGAAGAUUGGAGGGAAGGAGCAGUUUCCACUGCUUGUUGAUGCUAGUACUGGUGUCACAAUGUAUGAAAGUGGAGAUAUUGUGAAGUACCUGUUCAGACAGUAUGGACAAGGAAGGAGUCCAUCUUCUGGACUUCUCGAGAGUACAAUUUUCACAGGAUGGGUGCCCACUCUCCUUAGAGCUGGGAGAGGAAUGACACUGUGGAACAAAGCUGGUGUCAUACCUGCAGAGAAGUUGGAGCUCUUCUCGUAUGAGAACAAUUCUUACGCAAGGAUUGUUCGAGAGGCUCUCUGUGAAUUGGAGCUUCCUUAUGUUCUCCAAAACGUGGGAGAGGGAUCAUCAAAGAUGGAUGCGCUUCUAAGGAUUUCAGGUUCUAAACAGGUGCCAUAUCUGAUCGACCUCAACACUGGAUUCCAAUCUGGGGACUAUAAGAAGAUACUAUCCUACUUAUUCCAGCAAUACUCGAUCAGUAGCUAGUCCCUGUAUCUCAGCAACUCACCAAGUACUCCCCAGCGUCCGAAGUUGCCCAGUAGAAAUCAAAACAUCCGCAACUCAACUGUAUAUGUACCAUGAUGUGAUCUUAGCUUGUUGAUGAAACUCCAGCAGGUUCUUGCCAGGCAGGAAUGCAGGAUUCACCUGUUAGUCUGUUACCUUUUGGCAUCAUUCAUGCAAAGGCUUCCAGACUAGUCCAAUGUAUCGGACGUGGCUUCGUACA